AUGGAUGAAAUUAAAUUACGUAAUUUUCAGUUUAAUACAUUUAAUGGUUUAACUCAUAUGAAAAGUUUAAUUAUACGUAAUUCAAAUUUAUAUGAAUUACCAUAUCAAUCAUUAAUACAAUUAAUCACUAUGAGUAAAUUAAAUCAGCUAAUUAUUAAUGGGAAUCAAUUUAAACAAUUGGAUAGAAAAUAUGAUAUCAUAUUUAAGGAGUUACAACAUUUUGAAAUUAAUGAUAAUCCAUGGCAUUGUGAUUGUCAAUUAAAUUGGCUUAUAAAACGUUAUCAAUCUAUACAUAGAUCUCAUAGAAAUAAUACAAUAGAAAAUAAUAAUAAUAAUAAUAAUAAUAAUUGGAAUCAUAAUGAUGAAGAAGAUGAUAAUCAACCAAAAUGUUCAACUCCAUUCUCUUUAGCUGGUUAUAAAUUUAAUGAUUUAAUUACUGAUUUAUCCGAGGUUUAUGAUCAUAAUAAUCCAGUGACAAAUACAUGGGAAAAAUUCAAUUCACCAUUUAUUCUUUAUUGUCCACCACCACAACUUGAACGUCUUGAUGUUGAUUUAACUCAUCUUUAUCAAAUGGAAAAUUCUAUGAUAAAGAAAACAGAUCCUCAACAAUAUCCUUCCGUUCGAUUAACAUGUUCAAUGAAAGGAUCUAGAGAAUUAUCAAUUAUAUGGUAUUAUCAUCAUAAUAAUAAUAACACUAUGACUUUAGUUAAUCUAUCCAAUCAUCAUAUCACACAUAAAUAUCCGAAUAAUAAGCAAAUUUCUUAUAUGAAUAAUGAUAUUAUUAAAGUAGAAAGUCAACUAGAUAUUAUAAAACAACAACAAAUUGACAGGUAUUCAUGUAUUGGAAUUGAUAUAAUUAGUAAUGUCACAGCAACUAUACAAUUACAAUGGCCAUUAUUAAAAAUCGAUAAUCAAUUAUCAUUAUCAGCAUAUAAUGAAAGUAAAUUAAAUUAUUUAAAUAAUUGGUCUACUAAUACUACUACUAGUAGUACUACUACUACUAUAUCAUCAUUAUCUUAUACAAAUUCAAUGUUACAUAUAAAACAAUUUAGUUUAGGUGAAUUAAUAGCAGCUACAGCUGGUACAUUUUUAUCAACUGUUUUAUUAUUUUUUAUUAUAUAUCAAACAUUUCAUUGUAGAUUAACAUCAUGUGAUCAACGUAAAUUAUAUAGACCGCAUAAAACAGAUCAUAGUAGUAUUUUAGAAGUGCCUAAUUUAUCACCUGAUGGUGGUGGUAUAUCAUCAUUAAAUACAUUAUGUAAUAUAUCCAGACCAAAUACAAUUACAACGACUACUACUACUACUACUAAUGCUACAACAAUAACAACCACUACUACUAAUAAUAGUAAUAAUAGUAGUAGUAAUAAUUCUGUAGAAACAAAUCUACUACAAAAUUCAAUAACAAAUUGUCCUAUAAAUCAAUUGAAUUCUGAAUCUAUUUCAUUAACAACUAAUUUAUUAAAUACACAACAAUUUUUAAAUGGAUUAUCUGGUUUUAAUCAUGGCACAUUACCUGUAAAUAUAAGACAACAAACUAUUCAAACAGAAUUAGGUAGAUGUAUUCAACCAACAUCAAAUAGUACAAUAGGUGAUGGAAGUUUAAAUUCAAUGUCCUAUGAACCAAUAUCUUAUUCAGAUACAAAUAAUGUAACAUAUGAUGUACCAUGGAUAGUUAAUACUAAUACAAAUGAUCAUAAUAUAAAUAAUCAUAAACUGAUGAAUAUGAAUCAAAGAAUAACAAAUGAACAAUGUAUACCAUUAUUAUAUAAUGGAUUACCUACAAAUAUAUCUAAUCCUAUUGAAUCAAAUUCUAAUAAUCUUAUAAAUAAUGGUUUAUUUAUUCCACCACCACCAUCUAUUCCACAACCAUCAUUACCAAAUUCAUGUACAAAUUCAACAUUAUCAUUAAAAACUGUUACUAUUCAACCAAAUAUUCAAUCGAAUCUACUUUUUUUACAAUCUGGCUGUUAUCCACAAUUAAUUAAUUCUGUGACAACAAAUUCACAAUUUAAUCAGGGAUCUAUUGGUUUAACAAAUUAUUUAAAUUAUCAUUCAUAAUUUGAUAGAUUGUUGUUUAUUUAUUUGUUUGUUUGUUUGUUUUACUUUCUCCUUCUGUUCAGUUGUUGGUUUCAAUUGUUGUUUACUUCUGUUUUUUUUUCCAUUUUUGUCUUAAAGUGAGCAUGUUCUUUUGAAUCUAAUGUGAUUGUUUACUCUUAUGAUUGGUACUUCUAAUGUGUUCGAUAUCAAAUUGUUUAACCUUUCAUUAGUAAUAGUAUUUAUUAAUAUCAAUAGAUUAUAUAAUAUGAAUGAUUGAAGCAAUCCAUUACAUAAUCACGGUAUAAGGCUGUUUGAGAAUAAACAAUUUCUGUAAAUUUUUGUAAUUUUUUUUGGGGGGGUCUAGAAAAGAAAAGAAUUUGAAAAUUGAGAUAAACAAUUAGUAUCACCCAUCAAGCUAUGGGUAUGUUUCAUAAAUCAAUAAAAAAAAUCAAUAAAAUUGUGCAUUUUAUUUAUUCACAUUUUUGUGUAUACAUUAAAAUCAGAUUCUCUUAUAUUAUAAACAUUAAAAUACUACUUAUAUAAAGAAAAUACACUAUUAUUAUAAUAAUAAAGUUUUGCACUUUGAGCUGGAUGGUUUAAUCAUGGAAUUUUUAUUGUUCUUUCAAACGACAUCAUCAUCAUCAUGACCAUCAGCAGCAACAGCAGCACAAACUUCUACCCUGUUUCAUCUCAGAGAAUUAAAACUUCAUCGAAAACUUCAUACACCUAAUCUGAGUUACAAUUCUUCUCUAUCAUCCAUCUUAAAAUAUUAUAUGAACAAGUAAUUGAGAAUUUAUUCUUGUUUUCUUCUUUUCAAUUGUGUAAUGUAUAUAUCUUUAAAAUGAUCUUAUGCUGAAAUUAAUAUAACUAACGACAAUAUUAUAUUAGAUAUAUAAAAGUGGCUGUGUUUUUAUCAUUAUAACAUUCUAUAUAUUAUUCUUGGUAGUUCUUCUUUUUGGGGUGUGUGUGUGUAUUUUUUGUGUUUGUUUUGGAUUGUUAUCACUCCAUAUAUAUUUAUAAAUGUAACUGUAUACAUAUGAUAGUUGUUAAGUGAUAAAUUUAUUCAAUACUAUCAUUAUUAUUAUUAUUACCACUACUACUAUUUGUAUUAUUUCCAUUAUAUUCGUGAUAAGUUUGUAUUCUUCGUUUCUUCUUCAAACAUGAGAACAUGCACAUAUGGUAC